CCGGCCGCUGGUGUACGACUGGAUGCGCGGAGCGACCUUCGCCGCCGCUCUUGGCUCCCUCCAGUUCCUGGAGAUGUCGCGUGUGUACCACUACAUCCGGGGGCAGGCGAUGGUGAAGCUGUACGUGCUGAUCGCCAUGGUGGAGAUCUUCGACAAGGCGAGUCGAUUCAACGGGGGCGUUUGGUUCGGACCACAUGUAUGGUUGGAGCCCACGGCCAAGUACGACACCUUGACGUUGCUGGGAUGUCUUCGCAAGCUCAUGUGCUCCUUCGGGCAAGACGCGCUGGACUCGCUGUACCUGAGCACCGUGCACAAGAAGAAGCGGAGGGUGCUGGUGCACUUCACGAUCGUGUGCGUCACGGCGUGCCUGCACAGCCUGCUUCUCUUCGUGCACGUCACCACGCUUACGGUCGCCGUAAACUCCUCGGACCAGGCUUUGCUAACCCUCCUAAUCUCUAACAACUUCGCGGAGAUCAAGAGCUCGGUGUUCAAGAAGUUCGACAAACACAACCUGUUCCAGCUCUCGUGCCACGACGUGGUGGAACGAUUCAAGCUGGCGCUGUUCCUGGCGAUGAUCAUGCUGCUCAACGUGUGCCAGGGAGGCUUAGACGACCCGGUGGCGCAGGCGAGAUAA